AUCAUUAUCAAAAUAUAUAUAAGUUCUUGAAUCAUCAGAACACUAUCGACGCAUUUUUCCAGUAGAUGACCGGGCUUUUGUCUUAUCUUCAUUAUUCAGCAAUUUGAAUUUUUACAAUCAAAUUAUUCCUAAAUCAAGUACCAUAUUCCACCAAAUAAAAUGGACGCUUCUUCUUGUGGACCUUCCAGCGCUUUGGCAAACCUUUCCAAACACACUCAGCGUGACAACACUCUUCAGAACGAGUAUGCAGCCAAAAAUGCCCAACUCCGGACUGGCCCAGCCGGUUUUCGCCAGAAUGGAAAUGCUGUAGAUGCCAGAUUGAAUGCUGAGUUCCACAACUUUCAAGGAAAUGGAUUAGGAGCCGAAUUUCCAGCCUUUGCUGGAACCCCUUCUUUUCAGCAACAAGCUCAACACUUAAACCAGCAGCAGUUUCAGCCAAACAAUGCUGGCUGGGUCCAGGACUUCUCGGGCUUGUCUAUCAGUAACCAGCCACAGCAAGUAGGUCAUCCUCAAAGUGACUGGCACCAGCAGUUUCUUCAACAACAGCAACAUCACCAUCAACAGCAGCAAUUUGAGCAGCAGAAUAUUCAGCAGGGUCAGCAGUUUGCACCAAAUUAUGCCCUGAGUGCCUUUUCUAUGAAUAUGAGAACCAAUUUGUCUACGCCUUUAUAUGCCCAGCAGCAAGUUCAAACUGGCGCACUGCUUACGGAGCACCAGGAGAUUCAUAAAAUGGAACAGGAGAAACAGCUUUUUGAUUCCCAUUUUGAUCAACUUGAGAAGGAAUUGAACCAACAGCUGCAGGAAAAGCCAGAAGUAGAGGUACAAGUAGACAAAGUUGAAAACGAGCAGUUUGCUGAGACAGCUAGACAAAUCGAAAAUUCCUUGCGACAAUUCGACACUGCUGAUGCUGCAACUAAAGCAAAGAUAGAGAACUCAGACUUCUUGAAGUUGAUGAGCUCCAUUUCCAACAAACAAGUAGUAUUGGAUGGCGACAAAUUGGUAGACUCUACAGGCCAGGAUAUUCGCGAAAAUGUGAACGAACCUUUGCAACAAAUCAGUAGACCUGACUAUCAUGAUCCUAUUCACGACAUACCCGUUCCUCAAGAAGCCAGACCAGAACAGAUUAACAAAUUACCGGAUCCUUUAUCCCAUAUGCAAGAUGGACUGUUAGGCGACGUCUAUGAUGCCUUAUCCGCAGCUAAAGUAGUCUCAGGUGGACAAGUCAAGACAGGAGACUGGGUGGAUGAAGAUGACGAGUGGCUUGAUAUGACUACUCCAUCUAUAAGCAGGCCAAAGAAGGCAAGCAUCAUGGCAGACCAUUGGCAAGAAGUGUAUGACGACUAUAGAAAUGACGAUGAUUUUCAUUAG